UUUGUCAUCGAGCGUCGCAGAAUACAACUGAAAGUUGUCUAGACCCAAGAAGUUGUCGGUGGACGUCUUCGCAGUGCUACAAAUAGAAAGUGAAAAUUAUGAUAUAAAUCGUGUGAACAUAUUCCAAAUAGUUAUAAACACAUCCGUAACCGUACAAAGCGCACGAAAAUAAACCAUAAACCAUGGCCAAGGAGACGAGCAAAAUGAUUGAGCCCGUUUUUAAAAUGGAACUCGAAGCAGCAGAUCCCGUAGAACCGCAAGCCCGCUGGAGCACCUUUUUCGCGAAUCACUGGAAAGGAUGCGUUGUAUUCUUAAUGCCUCUAGUAUGCCUGCCCAUCAUAUUAAUGAACAAUAUUCCGGAAUACCGUUGCAUGUACAUAUUAUUGAUAAUGGCCGUAUUCUGGGUGACAGAAGCGUUGCCUCUUUAUGUUACAUCAAUGAUACCAAUUGUUGCAUUUCCCACGAUGGGCAUUAUGGGCUCCGAAGAGACCUGCAUGACAUACUUCAAGGACACGCUGGUGAUGUUCAUGGGCGGCAUCAUGGUCGCCCUGGCCAUUGAGUACAGCGGCCUGCACAAGCGUCUGGCGCUGAGAGUAAUCCAAAUGGUGGGCUGCAGUCCCAGAAGAUUACAUUUUGGCCUGAUUAUGGUGACAAUGUUUAUAUCCAUGUGGAUUUCAAAUGCCGCCUGCACGGCUAUGAUGAGUCCGAUUGUCCAAGCGGUCCUGGAAGAAUUGCAAGCGCAAGGUGUCUGCAAAAUCUACCAUGAGCCAGAGUAUCAAAUGGUCGGAGGAAAGAACAAGAAGAAGAGUGAGGAUGAGCUGCCGUAUCCCACAAAGGUCACGCAAUGCUACUACCUGGGCAUUGCCUAUGCCUCGUCUCUGGGCGGCUGUGGCACCAUCAUUGGCACCGCCACAAAUCUAACCUUCAAGGGCAUCUACGACACGGCAUUCCCCAACGCCACGGAGAAACUGGAUUUUCCCACAUUCAUGUUCUAUUCGGUGCCCUCGAUGUUGGUUUAUACGGUUCUCACCUACGUUUUCCUGCAAUGGCAUUUCAUGGGUCUCUGGCGGCCAAAGAGCAAGGAGGCCCAGGAGGUGCAGGUGGGCAAGGACAAUGCUCAUGUGGCCAAGAAAGUGAUCGAUCAACGCUACAAAGAGCUGGGCCCCAUGAAUAUGCACGAGAUUCAAGUGAUGAUACUAUUCAUUAUCAUGGUCUUCAUGUACUUUACACGCAAACCGGGCAUCUUCACAGGCUGGGCGGAUCUGCUACCUGCCAAGGUGAUUAAGAAUUCCAUGCCAACCAUAUUUGUGGUGAUCAUGUGCUUCAUGCUGCCCGCCAAUUAUGCAUUCCUGCGCUAUUGCACACGACGUGGACCGGUGCCAACGGCGCCGACACCAUCGCUGAUUACCUGGAAGUUCAUUCAGUCGAGGGUUCCAUGGGGUCUGAUCUUCCUGCUUGGCGGUGGCUUCGCCCUGGCUGCGGGCAGCAAACAGAGUGGCAUGGCCACCCUAAUUGGCAGCUCAAUGAGCGGUCUGAAGGUGCUGCCACAUCCAGCUCUGUUGUUGGUGGUCAUUCUGGUGGCGGUAUUCCUGACCGCCUUCAGCUCGAAUGUGGCUGUCGCCAAUAUUCUCGUGCCUGUGCUCAAUGAAAUGUCACUGGCAUUGAAGAUCCAUCCACUGUACCUGGUCUUCCCAGCAGGUCUCGCCUGCAGCAUGGCCUUCCAUUUGCCGGUGAGCACGCCGCCAAAUGCCCUGGUUGCUGGCUAUGCGCACAUUCGCAGCAAGGACAUGGCUAUUGCGGGCAUUGGACCAACGAUUAUAACCAUCAUUGUGCUCUUCAUUUUCUGUCAAACCUGGGGCAUGGUUAUUUACCCAAACCUGGACACGUUUCCGGAGUGGGCACAAAUCGCCGCCGAGGAAGCGGCCAACAAGAGCCGUCUGCUGGCCGAGGUAGCCGCCAAUAAGACGCGUAUUAUUGAGCUCGCCGCAAAUGCGACACGCUUAUUGGCCAACAAUACGGAGCUGUUGACUGAUUUGUCUACCAGCAGCUCGAAUCUGGUGGGCAACAUUAUUGCCAACAGCACGCAGCCGUUGGCCCAGUUGGCUGUCAAUGGCACACGCCUGUUGACGGAUCUGGCUUUUAAUAAAACCCUCUAAUUAGUUAGUUAACUUUCUGGUCUAAGAGUGGACACAAGCCCUGCGAGUAGCGCCGUGAGGGAACUGUACAAAGAAACACAAGUGCCUUUGCUUAAAUGUUCUUAUGCUCUACAACACAAUUAAGUAUAAAGUUGAACGAAACAAAACCAAUUAUUAAAAAACAGUUAAAUUUUUUAAACGAAUUUACAAACAAACUCAAACACGAAACUUCAGUCCACAAGCAAUGACUGUUCCUCUGUGGCGCAAUUUUUGAGAAAAUUCUGUGUAGAAAAUUACAACGUGUAUAGCGACACCUGAGUAUGUCAAAAGUUAACAAUAAUUAGAGAAUGAAACGAACUUUCAGCAUACGAGCGCAUUUACUAAUAGCCUUAACAGUUGCAUCAAAAAA